ACAGGGGAGCACUGGGAACACAGGGAAUCUUCUGGAGACGGUCCUGCUGCCGUGGCCCUGGGCCCUGCUGCUGAUGCAUUUGGUGAAUCUGACCCCUUCGCUACGACGGAGGGGAGUGCGGACAUUGCUCCAGAGCUGGACCUGUUUGCUAUGAGGCCUGCUGACACGGGGGCUGCCGUCGUCACACCUUCCACCUCUAGUGAGGCGCCGACCAUCGCUGCCCCGAUCGCUGCCCCCGCUGCCCCCACCCCUUCUUCCACCACCACCACUACCACCACAACCACCACCGACACCACCACCACAGAGUCUGCAGCCGCCCCGACUCUAGAUAUCUUUGGUGAUAUGUUUGAUUCUAUGCCUGAGCAAAGCCCUACCACUGAAUCCAAAGCUGCUACCACUCCUAGCGUAGACCUUUUUGGUGCAGACCUUCCUGCUGUUUCGCGCGGGCCCUCUCCUUUGCCCGAGCCGGCUCCGGUUGGAGACAUUGUGACCGACUCGUUUGCAACUCCAGCUCCUGCUGCUCCUGCUGCCGCUGCUGCUCCUGCUGCAGCUCCCGCUGCAGCUCCCAUCCCAGAAGCCUCCUCUCCUCCCAAAGCAGAGCCAGCACCAGUUAUUGACCUGCUGGACUCCUUCAGUGCUCCUGUGGAGGAGACACAGAGCUCUGCUCCUGGAGGGCCUGGAGACGACCUGCUGGGAGGCCUGAUGUCUCCCACCCUGGCUCCCACCUCCGUCCCAGCUCUGGCUCCAGCCUUGGCUCCAGCUCUGGUGCAGAACGAUCUCCUGGAGUCUGGCUUUGACGCCCUAGGCUCACUUCCUUCUCCAACACCUCCAGUACCCGCUGCAGUGUCAGCGAUACCUAUAGUACCAGCAGCAGCAGCAGCAGCAGCAGAACCUGCAACCACCACACCGGCGCCCUCUGGUGGCUUUGAUGCUUCAAUGUUUGGUGGAUUAGGUGACUUGCUGAUGCCUGCUGUAACGCCCCAGAGCACUGGGGGAAGCUCUGCUGGGAGCACAGCAGGAAGCAUGGGAGCUCCCAUCACAGGGGGAGGCAUUGCAGCCGCUCCACCCGCCACCCCAACCCCUACCAAAACCAUCGGAGGAGAUCUGGACUCAUCACUGGCCAACCUGAUAGGAGACCUUGGAGUAAAGAAAAAGGAUCCACUGAGUGAGAAGAAGCUGACUGGAGGAGCCAACUGGACACCCCAGGUAGCCCCCACAAGCUGGGCUGCAGCAGGAGCCCCCAUGGCUGGUGCCGCUCCUGGAGCUCCUGGGGCGCCAGGAGCAGCUCCACCCGGUGGAGCCAUGGUGCCACCAAUGAGUGCACAGCCUGGCUUCGGCAUGUCUGCUGCAGGAGGCCCUGGAGCUCCCAUGAUGCAGCCCAUGAUGGGGCAGCCUCUGAUGGGGCAACCCAUGAUGAGACCUCCCUUCGCUGGGGUGGCCGGAGCUGCACCCGGAGCCGCUGCACCAGGAGCACCGCUUUCUCCAGGACCUACAAGCCAGAGUCCUAAAAAGCCCAAGGAUCCUCUGGCAGAACUCGAUCUCAAGGACUUCUUAUAACGCCCCAGCUGCUUUCUUCUGUGGAGCAGGGCCCUCUCACCAUUUUCCUGGUGUCUAUCAACAUCUCAGGAUGCCAGUGACCUCCCCCUCUCCCUCUGUUCAGCUACUCAACCUUAGAAGAGCCUCUUUUCUCCACCCUGCCUAUCCACUCCCCGCCCCUCUCCUGUGUGAUGUCGUAGCACAAACUGUGAAAGUGAACCAUAGCGGAUUAUAUAUAUAUAUAUAUAAAUGAGAAAAAAAUACAAGCGUGUGCUCAUGUAGAUGUACUAAUCUUUUGUCUAAACAAAAUCACACAAAACCCUGAAAAAAAAGUCCACAAAAAGUAAGUGAGAGAAAGCAAAGGCAUAUGUGUUUAGAUUUAUUUCUAGUGUUGAGUUGAAUGAUGGAUGUGCUUUGGUGUCCUAAGCUCCACCCACAGCCCCAUAUCUGUCCCCCCCUCCUUGUAAAGGAGAAGGAGCUCUUCUUUGUCCCACUUCGAUUGGAUGAGAGUGGUAAACGAAGCCCCAGUAGAUUUUGGAGAACCAUGUCAUGUGUUGUUUACAGAAAGGUCCUCUUUGAUGUACAUAGAUUUCUCUGGCGAAUUCGAGGAUUACGUCUCUAUUCUGUGUGUCUGUUGAAGAGAAAUAUAAAUGUGAAUCUGACAUGAAAUUGUAAGAAGUCGUGUGAGUAUCCUUCUAUUUCCCGUCAUCAUUUGAAAGUAUUUGGAAACAAAUAUGAAUACUGCUAUAUGAUUAAUAUACUGUAUAUUACGAAACAACUUCUAUGGGCUUCUGAAUCCUACCAGAACAGCAAGUGAUCCUUUUUGUUUGUUUCUUUUUUUAACUUGUGGCUUAUUUUUCUAUGUUUGUUUUUUUCGUCUUUUCGUCCUAUGUUAUUUAUAUGUUCUGUUUCUUUAAGAAUAUCCCACCAGACAGACUGCUGUCAAUAUUUGCUGGUAUUGCUAUUAAAGAACAUAUCUUGCAACUUAAUUCCAGAGAAAAUGCUUUAGUUCUUAGUCACAGAGGUUAACUCAAACUGUUCCUCAAUAUAACUGUAUAGCUGUUUGUUCCACUUCCUGUGUGGAUCAGCACAUUUUCAUUUUAUCUAAAAGAUUUUUUUUCAUAAAUUUGCUGUCACAUUUUCCAACAAUAAGAGCAGAUAAUAAACAACAUGGUGUUCCUGCAAGAAGGAGUUUUGUGGGUUUGUCACUUCACUGUGCACACUACAAAAUCUCAUUACAAAAAGACAGACUCAGGAACAGAUUAAAGGUACCCUGUGAGUUUUUUUUCUAAACAAAGAAAGGUAUGUUUACAUUCUGUGUGUGUAUCCUUGA